AUGUACUCCCUCUACGCACUCCGCCCUGUGAGGACGAUUCCAUGGGCCCAAAUGGAAUGGAGAUAUGCGAAUCUGCCAGUGCAUUACUUUCGGAAAGCUUUACAAUCGGGGACGAUUUUGUAUCCAGAUGACCAGGACGAGACGGGGCUUUUGUUUGUUGAAGUGAGUACCGUUUUAUGAACUUGUCGGCAUCUGGAAUUGAGGCUCACCUGACAGAACCUUAUUAACUACCAAGCCUUUGAGAUGCUCGAGGUGCUUUUGAUUGAAUGGGAAACGGUUUUGCCCAAACAACGCUUUUCACGGUACGUAGUAUUCUGUCCAUCUUAUGUGAUCAGGCUGCUCCCAGAUGUGCUAAAUGGGGCAAUUUGACCAGAAGCAUUGGAUGUCGCGCUAGACGUGUAAUCAAGGACCGAAAUUGCAACGAGAGCCAAGGCAGACUGCUGAAACAGGUGAUGAAUUAUGCGGAGGAUGGACCGGAGCCGGAGACGACACCACUUCACGAGGCAGCGAGCCGGGGAUGGGGCAUGGAAGAGGCUGUCGAGGCAUUGAAGAUGCAAUCAUACACGACGGAUGUCCUCGAUACGCCGGAUGAGACAGGCUAUCCGGCACUGCAUGUGGCUGUGACUAACAGACAUCACAAGUGCGCUCAGGUGUUGAUCGAGGCUGGUGCAGAUGUCAAUCUACAAGCUGCCAAUGGAUUCACGCCGCUGAUGCUGGCAGCCGCAUAUCACGAAAUCGGAAUAAUGCGGUUGCUUCUGUCUCGAGGGGACUCUUGUAGCAGAACGGACAGAAGACAAAGAUGUCAUGCGAAUGAGAAGAAUCGGAAUGGCCGAAUUGCUCUGCAUGUCGCCGCCAAUUCCUGCAAUCCCGAAACUGUGCAGCUGCUCUUAGAGGAGGGAGCGUCCACCUCGGAGCGCGACUCUUAUGGCUACACCCCCUUGCAUUUCGUAGCUUUAGCAGUUGGGAGUGAUAGUAUCGGAACAAACCAACUCGGGCGCAUUUUCGAAUUACUGCUCGGUGCAGGAAGAGCAGAUAUCAAUGCAACGGAUUUCUUUGGACAGCCCCCGUUGAUGCUCGCGGUGGCUCGGAACCGGCUGGCUGUAACUCAGCACCUCAUCAAUGCAGGUGCCUCGCACACUAAUGUUACGACAAAAUCAGAGAAUCUAUUGCAUCACGCCGCAUUCUUUAGCAAUCUAGAGAUGCUGCAGCUUCUCCACCACCUGGAUUUAUCCAGAAUUAGUGUGCGGCUCCACGACUCACGCGGCGACAACCCAUGGGACGUUUUCAAAUGGUGUCUCCAUCGGCCCCCAGAGCAUGAGCUUCACGGCCGCAGACCAACUAAAGAAGAAGGCGACGCUUUUGUCAAUCUAUUCAGAGGUAUUCGGGACAGGAACAAUCAGGAUGACUGUUCCCUCCUAACGCAGGCACUCGAUAG